GGUACUAUUGCAAUUCAGGGGUAGGCAGUGUAUUUUAAUAUUCAGAGGGGGAGCAAAUGACCCCAAAGACGAAAUAAAUAAAAAUGGGGAUUUUUUUACGAUCGUGAUCCUUUAUCUUGAUCUCCAGUCCUUUCUCAUAUUUCAUCUCCUUUCACAGCCUGUCUUCUUCUUGAGUCCCGUUUCCUCUCUUCAUUUAGAAAUAUUGUUAAUAUCUUGAACACCAUAGGGGCGUUCGACCCCCGCCCCGUGUGGCGUCGCCCCUGUUCCAUUAUGUGAGGAUCGGCUAGCAUGCUGGUAUACCGAUCAUGAGCAUACUGUGUGCCCCGGAUUUUCCUACCAUGCCGACCAUCUUAUUUUUCCUCUGAAAGCACUGCCUUCGCUUAUCUUGAUAUUAUUGUACCAGUAUACAUUUUCAUUUUGUAUCCUAGGUGUUCUAUCCUUCUUUAUUUUACUCUCAAGAUUUCACUUUACUAGUAGCCCGACACCAUUCAUUUGUUUUUGGUCUUGAUUAUGCUCAAAUUCUCCACCUCGUAUUUGACGCAAGGUAUUUGAAAUUCAUCAUUCAUUCGUAUUCUGAUAUUCUUGACCGGUCUUGUCCGCUCUAUCCUCAGCUUAAAUAAUAGGCCUACAUUAAACACCGAACUUCCAUUGUUUUUGGCGCCAAGUAAAGAUUCCUGAUCAACAUGCCUCUCUGCAUCUUCCAUACCAACAUUUCUUCCGAUCGUAUUAAUGAUGAGAUUCAUUCAAAGCUGUCGAAGAUCAUUUCGGAGUUGACGGGGUCAAACGAAGCGUCCAUCACCGUCGAGCUCCGGACUGGCAAGAACAUGUGCAGGGCGGCUCAACCAGAAGCUGACUGGGGGUUCUUCGAGCUCCACGCCAUCGGUCUUUCUGGAGAUCCAGACUUGAACCGGGAGCGAGCGGGCAAGCUCUUGACGUUCUGCGAGACCGAGAUAGGGUUACCUCAGACAAGUUGUUUCUUCAUGAUGCAUAACAAUGACCCGAAGCACAUCGGACUAGGUGACAACAAGUUGUGUGCUGAUAAACCGCACUUCAAGAACUACACACACAUCGAGCUCUUCGAUAACAUGCGAUCAUAGCUAUAUUUAUAUACCUGAAUAGAAAGAGGCGGCGCCGCAAGGGAAGAAGGGGUGGGGGGACCACAUCUUUUUCAAAUAUACCUCGAUCCCACUGCCGUGCUUUCCGUUACAAACUCCACGAUUAGCCCUUCGUUGCUGAUCGCGCUUUUUUUAACCAUUCAUUUUUUCUACACACUUAAAAUGUUCGGAAACAUACUGUCCACUGUGUUGGGUAAUGUAUGUUGGUAAUAUAUAUAUAUAUUCUGGGCAAUUACUAUCCAAAUGAGCAAAUUUAUUAUCCAAUUACUUAUUUUUAAUACCCAAUAUGGACAGAUUUUAACCAAUAGUUUUGUGGACAGUAUGUUGCCCAGGGUUGGUUAAAAGUUAGGCAUAUUUUGCCCAUCUAUUUUAAGAGUGUUCGAUCGAUAAGAUUGCCAAGACUGACCUGAUAGGAUCUGAUACGACCACUACGAAUACUCCACGAGUAAGAUUAAUCGUGGCGUGGGUCACGACAGUGGGAGCUAUAGGUAAAAGAUGAGAUAAUCAUAGGCGGAACGAGGAAAGGGUAGGAAGAAUAGAGAGUAUCGGAAGAGAGGAAUGGAUCGUAGAUUAUUAUCAAAUUACCAGACCUGCAUCUUUUGGUUUCAUUGGGAAACAAAACGGCACCUUCUCCAUGUAGCUCGCCUGUGUCGCCUUCCAUGUGAAAUAGAAGCCAAUUCAAUGGUUGAUAUUCAUAUCAUUUGGGCUCAGAUCAGUUGUCAAUCUAUAUCUAGAAUGCUCGUUGUAUGAAAAUGUUGAAAUGAAAAAAAGAAGAAACGGAUAAUUAAAUAUAACAUUGAUCAAUUGAUUAUGAUGAAUUAGAAUUCUAUAUUUAAAAAAUACUGAAAAGGAUUGUGAAACACUCCUCGCAUUCCACAGAAUGUGUUGACAAAGAUUCAAUAACCUAAUUACCAUGGUAACUCCCAUCAUACUGAUACAAUUUCUAUACAAGCUGGAAUAUUAUAUGAACUUUCGUGUGUGUUUUUCUUUGAGAGAUCAAGAAGAGUUUAAUCAAAUGUUUUGAAAAUUCUAACAUCAAUGUUCAUUUUUUAACCAGUAAAAUUAUAUUAGAAAGAAUGCAUUGCUGUUUAUUUUGUAACAUUUUGUUUGAAAAUUACACAUUACCUGAUCCGUGCAUGUUGUUAAAGCAGGCUGUAGGAAGCAUGUUAAAUUAUGUAGAUGAAUUAAUUUUGUAAAAAUGAGUCAGGUCAAUGUUUUUUUAAAUAUUUUUUUAAAGUUGAUUGUGCUAUAAAUAAACCAUCACCUCCCUCAGGUGAAAAAAGAUGAAAAGUACACUUUUUAUAAGGUAUUGAGUAAAGAGAGUAUUCUCACUUCGAUUUUAAAUUACAUUAAACUCAUAAGGUAGGUUAUUAUUUUCUAUUUUGAUGUUGUUAUUCUCCUUCUUGUAUAAAUUGAUCGAUGCAUUUUGUAUUUAAAAAAAUUUACAAAUAAAUGUGAGUGACAUAAAUACUGGAA